UAUAUUCACAUACAACACAAAAACAACCACCUCUAUACCAAGAAUAGUUGCGCCUGAGCACGAGAAAGUUUUUUAACCCCGUUAAUGAAAUUUACGCGCCCACGCACUACUAAUAAUAGCACUCCUCCUUGUGUAUUAAUCAGGUAGCGAACAAAAAGACAGAAAAGUAAGGAGAAAGAAACGGACAACCCACAAGCUAAAUUAGACCCGUCUUUUUUUAUCCCAAGGAACCAGCUUCAUAACCAACCCUACCCACCUUUUCCUCUAUAUCCUUCAUUCUCUUUCCCUCCACGAACAAGGAAGGGCAGAGACAAAGGCCAUAAAGCCGCUCUCUUUUCUCUCAUCCUACAAACAAAUUACAAAGAACAAAAACCCAGUUUGUUUGUGUACGUACGUACCUGUCCUAAACUAUCAAAACGAAGAUGGGAUACAAAGUGUGCUUGAUUGUGCUCAUGGUGGUCUUGGCCAUGGUGGCCCAGUCAUCAGCUAAAGGGCAUGAGGCCAGCUGGGGCCUCAGCUUCACCGCCCACGACGACGAGUCGCUGAUCGACAGAGCCAACAGCAAAGUUGGCGACAUGAUCGGAGAAGAAAACGAAAUGAUGAUGGACUCAGAGAGCAGCCGUCGAACACUUAGAGGGGCUCAAGGAAGGUACAUUGCUUACGGUGCCCUGAGGCGCAAUGCUGUGCCAUGCGGACGCCGCGGCCAGUCCUACUACAACUGCCAAAACAGGCAGAGAGCCAACCCUUACCAGCGCGGCUGCACCAUCAUCACCCGCUGCGCCAGACGCUGAAUGUGAUCAAUUCGGUUUAUUUACAAGACCAGAUCAAAGAGAAAUAAAAAUGAAAUAGUACGUACGUACAAGGAUAUAUAGUGAAAAGAGAAUGAAAGUGGGAUCAAAAUCAUCGAUCAUCAUCGACAUUCAUGCUUUCAAGAUUAUAUGACUUCCUCCUUUUGAAUUUUAAGAUUAAUUACUGUGUUUGUUGAAUUAUUAUGUGAAGUUGCUUGCUUCUGUAAUCUUUGUUUUGGUUAUAUCUAUAUAUCUUUAUUUACUAUAUAUGCUUGUAUUUCAAGGAGGAAAUGAAUAAUCUAGAUAUAUAUACCUUGGGUACGUGUGAUUUCAUUUCAAUGAGGAAUUACAACUUCUUCUUCUUCUUUUUUGUUGGAGUUUUAUUUUCUAAUGAUAAUGUGCUUUGGGACUAAUCGCAUGCAUGCAAACAACUUAUAGAAACAACAUUUUUGGGUGCUGCCCUUAAAGAUGUUUUGGGCGUGGUCCAAAACCAAAAUAGCCAAAAAUAAAAUAUUAAUAAGGGUAUAAUUAAAGAGGUCAUUCCAAUACAUAUAAAAUUAUGAAUCAGUAGUUUUUUACCCCCAAAUUGAUAGUGAUUAGCGAGAUGCCCACCAAAUAAAAUAUCUUUCGUUUAGAAAAAGAAGAGAGAAAAAACAAAAGGUGAAUUGCUAUAGCUUUGAGAAAACUGUGGAUAAAGAUAAAAGACCUUUGAUGAAAAGCUCACUAAAGAAAAGUAGUGAUAUGAGUAUGACCCAAAAAUUAGGUAGUGAGAUUGGUUGAUGAUGUCAUGCA